AUGGAGAGCCCAAUGCCAGAGUUGAGAGAGUUGGAGCCUGUGGGUGUGGGUCUCCGUGUCACCACGUCUCCCACCCAGACCGCAUUCUACAUAAUCUUGGUCCUACUGGGCAUUGUGGGUAACACCACGGUGAUUGGCGUGAUCUUGGACAGCGUGUUCAAAGACCCCAGUGGAGUACGUAACUCAGAUAUCAUCCUGAUGAACAUGGUCUUGUCCAACCUGCUGGUGUCUGUUCUGAGGAACGUCCUGCUAGUCAUCUCUGACCUGGGGCUGGAGCUGAACUCUUCCAGAGACGGGUGUCACGUCCUGAUGGGGGUGUGGGUGUGGCUUCGCUCAGUCAACGUGUGGUCAACACUCUUCCUCAGUGCUUUCCACUUCCAGACACUGAGACGCGUGGCCCCUCCCCCUGGGACUGUUCACGGACCCCGCAGGCCCCCCAAGACCCUCCUGAUUAGCCUGGGCCUCAUCUGGUUCCUCAACCUAAUCUAUGCUAUACCUGCACACAUCUACUCUACCAAGGGGAACAAGAACAGCACAGAGACCCUGAUGUUGGUCAGCAGCACCACGCGCCCCCUGCUGGGCUGUGUGUGGAACUUCCCCUCCAGCUACAACGGCCUGGCAUAUGCCACCACCUCCAUGGUGAUCCACGAGAUCCUGCCUAUCAUCCUGAUGGCCAUCACCAACCUGGGCUCCCUCUACACACUCUACACCCACGGCAGGACCCACAACCCAGCACACAUGACCCAGGACGCGCCCGUCAUCAAGAGGAUACCGGCUGAGAGACGGGCUGCCAAGGUGAUUCUAGCCCUCAUCAUGCUCUUCAUUGGGUCUUGGGGAACCAGCAUAAUUUCUAUAAACUACUUCAACUACAACCGAGGUUUGUCAGCCGGGUUCCUUCUGGUUAUAGCUCGCUUUGCCAACACUAUCUUCAUCGCCAUUUCACCCAUCGUGCUGGCAGUGGGUCACCGGCGGCUGCGUGCUGUCGUUAAGUCUUUUCUUACUCACUGACAGGUCCCACACCCUGAAUCACACUGCAACUGACAUUAUGGGGAAGUCAGUGGAAUAAUAAUAGUACACCUGCCUUAACAUAGCCUAACAAUACAUUAGAAUUACGUGGUUGUUGGCAUUCCUCUCUAUACGGUGGCAACCAUUUGAUUCUCUUCCAGAGGCAGACUGUUUUAACAUGGCACCUAUGAGAGACAAACCCAUUAAUUUAUUUUUUAUCACAAUUUCUAUUGAUUUAUCAGUACUGAGGAACAGCACUGUCAGUUGUUCAGAGGAGUUUAAUAGAAAAGGUUGUAGAGUUCAUCAUUGCAAUGAAAUGUGUUCAUCUGUACAUGUCAG